CGCCAAAAUAUACGCACUAGGAUUUACUCAAGAAUAUUUUAUAAAGUGUGAGUUGCUAAACACAAACAGGAGUUAUUAGAUACCAAACAAUGUCUAAACGCAACAGCGUCGGGCCUUCAAAUACCCUAUUCAACUAUUUUACUAAAACACCGCCUGCCAACAAGAAAGCGAAACCCGCAGAAAAUGGUGACAAAAACCAAGACCUCGACGUAUUAAAAAAAGAGAUUGAAGUGAAAAUUGAGAGUAAGAAACGUGACAGACAAAUAACGCCCUCACCUGAAGUGAAGCAGGAAGCACGUAGUGACGAUGAUGAACCUAUCGCUCCUAAGAAACGAAAGAGGAUCAGACUCAAUCCACUGGAUUCUGACGAUUCUGAUACAGAGAAUAAAGUAGAUAACAUAAUCGAGACACCGAAAGAGAAGACAGCAUUGGGGAAGAAGUUGAAUGAUAGCUUCAAGUAUGAAGCCAACCAGUCACCAAAGCCCACCAGCAAGAGCACUAAGAAACCGGCUGCAACUAAUGGGCUAGGCCCUAUAAAGACUGAGACGGCAGACGAGUUACCAGUCAGCGACGAUGGCAACUGGGUGCACUGCAAACUGGACUGGCUCCGGCCGGACAAGAUCCGCGACGCUAAUAAGAGGAAACCGGAUCAUCCGGACUAUGAUCCGUCCACCCUCUUUGUGCCAACGGAUUUCAUGAAUAAUCAGACCCCUGCUCAUCGUCAAUGGUGGCAGAUGAAGUCGUCACAUUACGACUGCGUCCUCUUCUUCAAAGUCGGCAAGUUCUACGAACUGUACCACAUGGACGCCGCGGUCGGCGUCAACGAACUCGGAUUCUCUUACAUGAAGGGUGAUUUCGCUCACUCCGGUUUCCCGGAAAGCGCGUACGCUCGAAUGGCCAAUACGUUGGUCUCUAAAGGGUACAAAGUGGCCCGAGUUGAGCAAACGGAAACGCCUGAUAUGAUGCAGGACAGGUGCAAGAAACUGGGUCAAACGUCAAAGUUCGACAAAGUAGUGCGUCGUGAAAUAUGCCAAGUGACGCUCCGUGGGGCGCACGCCGCCGGUCUGCAAGACCCGGGUCCGGCCGAGCCUGGCGCCGACUACAUGUUAUGUGUAGCCGAGGAGGAAAGCAACGGGAUCAGUACAUACGGCGUGUGCUUCGUCGACGCUUCAAUAGGUUUAUUCCAUCUGGGUCAGUUCAAGGAUGACAAACAUUCCUCAAGACUUCUCACUACUCUGGCGCAUUUCCCGCCUGCGUUAAUCGUAUACGACCGUAGAACUACCACAGCGCGGACGUCAAAGUUGCUCGGUACGCAUUGCCACCGCGCGCGGCGCGAACCUCAAGUGCUAUGGCAACCGGAGAAAACACUCAAAACGCUUGCCGAGAACUACUAUAAGACUAACGCCGAUGGGGAUUGGCCGGAGGGGUUAAAGCCGUUCUUGCACGAAGGUGACGCCUUAGGUUUAACUCCAGCCCCAAACUGUUACCUGGCCAUCAAAGCACUAGGCGGCUGCAUCGCCUACCUCUCGCAAUGCCUCCUCGACAUACAAGUACUAGGCAUGUCACAGUUCGAAUCCUUCGCGCCGCCCGAUGUCCUGAACAAGACCUUAUCGCAAGAGCUCAAGGUGGAGAAUAAGUGGGAGGGCGGCAGUACCAUGGUGCUAGAUGCUAUCACGCUGAGAAAUUUGAGGAUAGUGCAGGAUGAGGGCUGUCUGUAUGACAAGUUGAAUUUCUGUGCCACGGCUAUGGGGAAAAGACUGCUAUACCAGUGGGUAUGCGCGCCAAGCUGCAACCUGGCUGUUAUAAAGGAACGGCAGGCGGCCGUCAAGGAGUUAUUCGAGAACCAGGAGCUAAGUCAGGACGCGAAGAACAUUCUCACCACGCUGCCGGACUUGGAACGGCUUUUAGCGAAAGUGCACACCCUCGGCAACCUGAAGCGCUCGACAUCACACCCCGACUCCCGCGCGAUCUUCUACGAAGAGAAGACCUACUCCAAACGAAAAGUCCUCGACUUUAUCGCGGUCCUCAACGGGUUCCAGUCAGCUCUCAAACUAGUUGAGCUUUUCGACGACGCAGAGAGCGGACUAUUGAAGAAAUUGACCAAGUUUAGUCCGCAUGGAAAGUUCCCGGAUUAUAGAGAUACGUUGAAGUUUUUCAAGGAAGGGUUCAACCAAGCCGAAGCCGAGAAGGAAGGUCGCAUUUUACCCGGCGCGGGCGUUGACCCCGAGUAUGAUAACACUCUUCAACUUAUUGAAGAUAUUCAGAAGGAGCUCAACGAGUAUCUGGCUGAACAAGAGAAGUACUUUAAGUGUCGGUUGAAAUAUGUGGGGACAGACAAGAAGCGUUAUCAGAUAGAAGUACCAGAGAGCGCUACGAAAAGGGCAACUUCUGACUACCAUAUGGAAGGUGCCCGAAAAGGGUUCAAGAGGUUUUCUACUAGUGAAACUAAGGAUCUCUUAGCCCGUAUGACGGCAGCCGAAGAGCAAAAGCGCGACGUUUUAAAAGAUCUGAGUCGUCGAAUGUUCGAGAAGUUUUCCAGUAACCACGCGUAUUGGGACGCCGCUGUGCAGUGUGUGGCGGUUUUAGACAUACUACUGGCUUUAGCAGAGUUUGCGAGGCAGCAGAGCGGAGAUGUGUGUCUGCCGAGUGUAACGUUCGAUCCGGAGCAAAAGCCCUUCAUAACCAUAGUAGACGGGCGGCACCCGUGCAUACCCGUCGCGGAGUUCAUCCCGAACGACACGACUCUAGGCGGAGAUGCGGCACUUCUUCUACUGACGGGGCCGAAUAUGGGCGGCAAGUCUACACUCAUGAGGCAGUUAGGACUGCUCACUGUAUUAGCGCACUUGGGCUCAUACGUCCCGGCAUCAGAAUGCAGCCUAAGCCUAGUGGACCGCGUGUUCACGCGUCUCGGCGCGGCCGAUGACAUCCUAUCGGGACAAUCCACUUUCCUUGUGGAAAUGAACGAGACAGCUGCCAUAGUGAAACAUGCUACAGUUCACUCUUUGGUGCUGUUGGAUGAACUUGGUCGCGGCACAUCAACCUAUGACGGAACCGCCAUAGCGUCGGGUGUGUGCGUGGAGCUAGCCGAGCGCGGGUGCCGCGUGGUGUUCUCUACGCACUACCACUCUCUCGUGCACCACCUGGCGUCGCACCCGGGAGUUGUGUUGGGACACAUGGCGUGCAUGGUGGAAACCGACGAGUCCACAGCGGACAGCGACGAUAUCCCCGAGGAGACCAUCACCUUCCUCUACAAGCUGUCUCCCGGCGCGUGUCCGAAGUCCUACGGCUUCAACGCGGCGCGUCUCGCCGGCAUACCGAAGGAUAUAACGCGCAGGGCGCACCAGAUAUCGAAGAAUCUAGAAAAGGAGGCGACUUGCGUGCGGGCCUUUAGGGAUAUUGUCAAAAUGGAGGAUGCGAAACAGAUUAGGGAACUACUAGCGGCCUUGAGCAUUUAAAAAAUGAUUUUGUUUUGAUAAAAUGUGUUUUUAUGAUUUUUUGAGAUUCAUUAAGUCAAUUUUAAGCCCUCGAAUGGAAUUUUCUGUUUUACAAAUAUACAUGUUUUGCUGUAGAAUAAAGAUAAAUCUAGACUCGUACCUAAUAAGCCGGGUGUACACAGAGCGAGGCAUGUCGCGAGGCAAUGUGCUCACACGGCAACGUCCAAUUUAGACGUAGCUCGGCGGAAGCACGUCUAAAUAGCACGCUUGCCUCGCGAGGAAAUUGCCUCACGACGG